AUCCGUUGAGUUAACAACCGUAUUGGGUGCGCUUUUUGGCGUCGUCGCUUUGAUGUUUUUGUUCUUUCUUUAUGUACAUCGCAAAUGGUGCUUUCAUGCUCGUCACGGUCUACAUUGUUGCGAUGAGAAGAUAAUUGCAUCAAAAUAUUCGCAAAAGAUGUCACGUAAACGUCGCUAUGAUAAUACCAGUUCUGAUUCCGAGGAGGAUAUAUUGCGCCGCUUACGCUUGCAACAGUCACGCAAUCUUUCAGCAAAUGGCCACUUCAACAGCUACGGUGUCCAUCAGCAGCAGCAGUCUUCGUAUCAGCCACCGUCACCGCCAAAUCCGCAACAGAGCUUCAAUUAUACACCGACUGAAUUGCAACGCGUUACGAUAACGCCACGCUUCGAUUCGUCCCGCGAUCCCUUGGCCAUAGCGGAACGCGGCAAAGUUGGUAUUCCGUCCUCGCAUAGUGAGUGCAGUUCAAAUGAUUCCGAGAAAGCGUCCGUUGACAGUCAUACGGGCAUAUUGACCGGCGAUAGGAAAGACCGCUUUCCGAGCAAUGGUGGUACGAAUAAAUCGAGCGAGUGCAGCGCUUCAUCUUCCCUGAAGGAGUCGCGUAUUGACAAUCGGGCUGAUUUGUUAAAGUCCAGCAGUAAUAGCAGUAGCAGCAGAUAUCAGAAGAUCUCGACGUCGUCUGUGCGUCAAGACAGUUUAGAUGAUGUGCCUGAUUUGCAUAGCAAUAAUAAUAAUAAUAAUAAUAACAACACAAGUAAUAAUAAUAAUGAAGACGAGCCACUCUUCGAUACCAGCGAUUUGCGUUCCAUCAAAUCGGACGAUACUUCCGUGCAGAACCAAUUCUAUGGUAAAAGUGGUAGUAUCGAGAUUUCAUUGCUGUACGAUGCACCGAUGCGCAAAAUGACAGUGCACGUGAUGCAAGCCCGAGGCCUACCUACUUUGGGCAAUGGACAGACGACGCAUACGCAGGUCCGCCUUCUUAUGUUGCCAAAUAAGAAGCAAAAGCAUAAGACUAAAAUUCGUUCGGGCGAAAAUCCUCAAUAUAUGGAAAGUUUUCUGUUGCAUCGUGUUAACCCAGAAGAAGUUAACAAUAUGGGUCUGCGCGUACGAAUAUACGGUUGCGAACGUUUACGCAAAGAACGUCUCAUCGGAGAGGCGUAUGUUAGUUUUGCCACAAUAGAUUUGGAAUUGGAGACAAAUCUCUGGCUACCGUUGGAGCCACGAAGCACAUCUUCUGUUUUGGGUUCCAAUAGUGAUUUGUUAAGUCUGGCGAGAUCAGACAGCGCCGGUUCGACCACCUCGAUGCAACAUGGUGGCGUGCCAGAAUUGCUCUUAGGUUUAGGUUAUAACGGUGUUACGGGGCGUUUAUCAGUGGAAAUUGUCAAGGGUAGUCAUUUUCGUAGUUUAUCAAUGAAUAAGGCGCCCGACACUUAUGUUAAGCUAUGUUUAGUUAGUAGUAUAGGUCAGGAGAUAUCGCGAGCGAAAACAUCAACGAGACGCGGCCAACCACAUCCGCUAUUUAAGGAGACCUUCGUCUUUCAAGUGGCACUUUUCCAGUUGAACGAUGUGACGCUGAUGGUUUCCGUUUAUGCCAAACGUAAUAUGAAAAAGAAUGAAAUGGUCGGUUGGUUUAGUUUAGGAUUAAACUCAUCCGGACCGGAGGAAGUGGCGCAUUGGGCGGAUGUACGCGAUUUGGCAAAAGGUGAAUUAUUGGCGCGAUGGCAUGUGCUGGUGGACUCCUGAUUCGAGCAGUUGGGACAAUCUUCUCGACGCAGUAGUGCCCUAAGUAUUUUGGGCUUUGUGACGAAAGAUAAGUCCAAAUCGAAGAAGCUGAAAGAGGAAGAAGAAGAGGACGGAGAGGAAUUGGGAGAUGAGGAUGACAGUAUUACAACGGAUAGAGCGGUAGCUGUCAAUAUUGAAGCCGGCUUGGAACUUGACUUUGUUUAGAAAAUUGGAUUCAACCAAACGACUUUUUUGUAAAUGUAAACAACAACAAAUGGCAUUUGUGUGUGUGUUUACGAAAUGUAAAAAAAAAACAAAUUUGUAAAAGCGAAGUAGUUUUCUGUACUAAUGUGACAGAAACCGAAAAACGCUAAAACGAGAAUUUAACAUUAGUACUGUCACUCUAAAUUAUAAAUGAGAAAAAAAAUUGGGGAAAACAAAAUAAAAAUAAACAUACAUACAUACUUCAUGCAUGUAAAAUAAAACAAAUAUGUCACUUAACUAGUAAACAAAUUACGCACAUUACAGAUUUUGGUAGCGAAGUAACUAAAAGAAACAAAUAUGAAACGAGAAACUUGUAACCUGAUAAUUACUAUAAAUAAAAUUUAAUUGAAUUUAACUGGAUUUUCAUAUAAAUGCUUUUAAGAAGAAAACAAUUUUAAGAACUGAAGAAAAGAAUUUGUUGUUUUGUGAAGGUUUUUUGAUCGAUUGAUUAAUAUAAAUGUAUGUAUUUAGAAUUUUGUGAUACACGAAUGAGUAUUAAUUUUGACGCUCGACUUUGUGCGCUAAAAGAAUUUGAUUAAGUUGGAAAAUUUAAGCUGAGAAUAUCGAUAAACGAAUGCUGUUAUGUAUUAACAAAUCGUCGCUUGUCUAAAGCAAAUACAUAUAUGUACAUACGUAUUAAGCUUCUAAAUAAUCGAAAUUUCUGUUGGAGCUUCGAUUUUUCGAAAAAUCAGAAAUUUUAGUGAGAUUUUAUUAUUGGACUCCAUGAGUUGUCAGCGUAAGUGAAAUGCAAAAAAUUUAAUACUUUAAAUUUAAUGAAACAAUUUAGCAAGAUUUAAUGAAACAGAAAUCAAACAAAGAUGGCUAAUAUAGCAUAUCAAACGAUUAAGUUAAAUGUAAUUUUACGUAAUUUAAUAUUUAUAUUGACGUACAAUAUAUCUAUGUAUGUUUGCUUUUAUUCAAUA